GUUUUCCGAAUGACUAGCUUGAGUUUUCGAGACAAACUCUCCCAGAAAUAUAUCCGUAUGGAAAUGAUCUUUUCUUAACCUGCCCCAGUCUGAAAGAGAAGCCUUGAUGAUACCGCCGCAUUGCUCCUUUUUUCUAGGCAAAAGCGUCAAGAAAAGACUCCGAGUUACUUAGGAGCUGGACGAUCUGCCACUCCAGCUCCAUGGUAUCGCUCCCGGAAACGACACGGCAUCCUUUUAGUUCGGCGCUGUUGCUGUGGAAACUAUUGCUAUGAGGACGGCACCGACAGCCUUCCGAAGCGGCAGCUGAGACCGUGGUGGCGGCAAGAUGAGUCAAUCGGUGACCGUUGCUCAGGCGCUGGAGCACUCUGGGAUCCGGUAUCAUAGGAGGAUGGCCCCCAACCGGGCUUUCGAUUUCCUUUACGAUCCAUUGUAUGUGCUAUCAAGUGAAAGAGAUCAUGCACAGGCAAAUGUCCAAGCUCAUCUAAUUCAUGAUGAAAUGAGGAAAAUACCAGAAUUUAAAGCCAUGUUUAGUAAUUUGAUUCACUAUCCAUCGUACGCUGUGCAAUUAGAAGAAAAAAAUCCUGUUCCUCCAUUCAUUGACCGAAGAUGGAGAGGAAGGGCACAGCAACGCUUUGAGACUUUUCAGAAGCUUGUGGUAACUCAACCUUCACUUCAGGUGCCAAGAAUUGAAUACGAAGAUCCUGAAGUUAGUGGAAGGAAUCGCUGGAAGUAUUUUGAACGACCUUUCAUCCCAUUUCAUAAGUCAAUUCCAGCGAAUAUUGUUUAUGCAAUGCCAAAGCCAGAGGUGCAGGCUCAUCAAGCAAAAUCCCGGGACAAACCAGCCUAUCUCAUUUCACGAACUGUGGAAACACAGACAGAUUAUCGGGAUGGUGAAGCUCAGACAGAUCCCUAUAGCCCUGAAUACAUAGUACCUUCGGGUUCAAUACCUGAAUUGUUAACUCUUGCCACGCUGACUUGGGGUCAUGGCCUUCCAGCAACUCAGGCAGAAGUGGAGGUAAUUGAACGAGCCCGAGAGAAACGUGCCUGGGAGGCCACCCUUCCACCACUGAAUGAUGCUGCGCACAUUGCAAAACGGAGGAAAAUGAUGGAGGAAAUGGAAAGAAAAGAGUGGGCCUUCCGGGAGGAAGAAAUAGAAGAACUGCAAGAAGUGAGAUUAAAGCUUCUAAAGGCCUUGUUGAUGAAACGGGAAGAGAAGCGCAAUGAAUUAAAUGUCAGUUGCUUAGAUACACACUGGUUUAAUCUCAUGCGAGAAAAAGAAAAGAAAGUGAAAAGGAUCCAGCAUGAACACAUAAAAGCAAUCAGAAGGCUAAUAGCCAAGGGAAAAAAUGUGGAGGGAAAACUGGAGAGAAGAAAUGUAAUUAAGGACUACACUGAAUAUGAAUCACAGCCUUAUGCUCCUUUAUCAAGAAUUGGUUACUUUCCAGAUAAUCAUGCAGAUCGUUACAUAGUGAAAAAUCCCUUUCUCAACACUUACAAAGGAUUACUUGAACUAGAAGCAUUUCUUCCUGAUUCUGUUACACAGCCCAGAACUGAAGCUCCAAAACCCAAACGCUUAACCACAAAAGAUGGAUUCACUAAACGGUCUGCUAGACUAGAGAUGGAAUUGGCACAGGUUUACCAGAUACUGCAAGACAGGAAAUAUCGCAUUAAGGAGCCACGCAAGCCACUACGUUUCCUUCAGAAGUUAUCAAAGGUUGUUGGUCACCCUCCCACUCCGGAAUUGGAAAUAGCUUCACUAAUAGAUGAAGAGAGAGAAUUGGCUACAAUUACACUGCAGAAAUUAAUACGAGGCAGAGCUAUCCAAAACAUGAUGUUUGAAGGAAAGGAAAAGCGUCUAGAAUUGAUUCGUGAGUUACGCACCACUCAUGCGCUCCAGGAGGAUGGACAGUUGUUGAAGAAGGCUGAAAAACAAGUGACUUUGGCCUUACAACGGCAGCGGGAUUUGCACGAACACAAGAUGUCUCUCAUGGAAAAGCAUUUGGCUCGUGUGGAAGGGAGAGUCCUUGCAAAUAUGUUGGAUUUCCUCUCGAAAGAACUAAUUCGACUACAGGAAGAGCGGAGGAUCCAUGCCUUUGCUAUGUUAGCAGAAAGGCAGCGCCGAUUGCGGGAAGCAGAGGAGAGUGGACGUCGUCAGGUGGAGGAAAGGCGCAGACGUGAAGAGGAUGAGAUCUUUAGGCAGGUUGUUAAAGUACACCAAAAAACAGUUGACUCUUAUCUAGAAGAUAUCAUCCUGAACAGCACGGAGAGUACAGCUGAAGAACAAUCUAAGGAAGAGAUUCAGAGAAUGGCGAUAGAAAUCAACAAUAUUGCUUACGAAAUGGAAACACGCCGGAGUCAUCUACAGUCUGAGGAGAUUGUGGCAGAGCUGGUUUAUAGCUUCCUGAUCCCCGAAGUGAGGAAAAUAACCAUUAAGGAGAAAGUGAGGCAAGCCCAGAGAAAGCAUAUUCAUGCUGCUCAUCAGAUUAUCCAUGGAAACACAGAGAGAGCAGUAGGACAGCUCUUUUCCACUGGGUUUCCACAGCCAAUCAAUGUAGAGUUUCCUCAAAUUGGAUUGCUUUCUGUUACACCUACUAGUCAAGAUGUUGCUGAGCAGCAGGAAAUAAAGCCUCCAGACAGCCAAGGCCAGCAAGAGAAGAAGCCUGAAGACAGCCAUUGCACUGACUCUGCCAGGCCUCCUGAACAGUGAAAAAGAAGAAAUAUGGUAUGUUUAGACCAAUGUUCUUUCUUGCCUUGCCUCCUUGAGGAUACUGUGUCUACCUAGGCAAAAUGAGUGCCUGUCAGUCAGCAACUGUCAAUAAACUACUGCUGCUUUAACUCUGAAA